AUACGUUCUUUUCAGGUUUUGUUGUUUGCGAUUUUCGGCACAUCAACGUUAAAAAACAAGCAUGAAAGGAUGAAUGAAUAUAUAAACUAUUCGUCACUUGGAUGUAGUAGAGUUCAAAUAGUUGCUUACUGAUGCUAUUAGAAAAAGGUGGCGUGUAUAUAAGUAUACGAACCGGUGUAAAUCAAUGGAUAGGCAUACAAGAUACUUGCUGUGUUUUUCUCGACGUAAUUUUUUUCUCAUCAAAUGAUAAAGUUAAUGCAAAAUUGGUCACUCUGCUUAAAUGUGUCAAUACACGUGAAAAAAAAGCUAGUUGUCAAUUUGACAAAAAAAUUUUCAAACACAGCAGCAAAGCUUAAUUGUCAAAAACAACCUAUCAUGAAGGUUUUAAAUGUUGCUGAGAAAAAUGAUGCUGCCAAGAACAUCGCUGGAUAUCUGUCAAGAGGCACUUCUCGUCGGAAAGAAGGCUUAUCACCCUACAAUAAAAUAUAUGAAUUUCAAUCCCGAUUAUGGAAUAAAGAUUGUCAGAUGAUCAUGACUUCUGUCUCAGGACACCUGUUGAACUAUGAAUUCACUGGGGCUUAUCGUAAAUGGUACGGCUGUCCACCGCUUAGUCUUUUUGAAGCUCCAGUUGUAAAGCAGUGCCAACAAGAUAAUUAUGAAAAAAUAAAGAAGACAAUAGAGAGAGAAGUACGAUCAUGUAGUGCCUUAAUUAUCUGGACUGAUUGUGAUAGAGAAGGAGAAAAUAUAGGAUUUGAAAUAAUACAGGUUUGUCAAGCUGUAAAACCUAAUAUUCGAGUGUACAGGGCAAAGUUUUCUGAAAUCACUCAGAUAUCUAUUGACAGAGCUCUUCAAUCAUUAGAAGAGCCAAAUAAAGCUAUAAGCGAUGCAGUUGAUGUAAGGAGUGAAUUAGAUUUAAGGAUAGGUGCCGCAUUUACAAGAUUUCAAACUAUGAGGUUGCAAAAAGCUUUCCCUAGAAAUUUGGCAGACAUGCUCAUAAGUUAUGGACCAUGUCAAUUUCCAACACUUGGUUUUGUUGUUGAAAGGUUUUUAGCCAUUGAAAGGUUUGAACCAGAGCCUUAUUGGAAACUUAAAGUAACACAUUUACAAAACGAAUUAAACGUCGAAUUUAGGUGGGCUCGUAAUCGAUUGUUUGAGAAAUUGCCCUGUGAAGUUUUCCUAGACAUUUGCCAAGAAAAUCCACAGGCGACAGUUGAGAAAGUUACUGCGAAGCCAAAAAGUAAAUGGAGACCACUGCCAUUAGACACCAUAGAAUUAGAAAAACAAGGCUCGCGAAAACUCCGACUCAGUGCAAAAGAGACGAUGCAGAUCGCGGAGAAACUAUACACUGGAGGUUUCAUCAGCUACCCACGUACGGAAACCAAUAUCUUUCCAAAAGAGAUGAACUUGUCGACGUUGGUACAACAACAAACAGCCAAUGGCGACUGGGGCGGAUUUGCCCAGCGCGUUCUUGACGAGGGUAUCACACCGAGGCAGGGCAAAAAGAGCGAUCAGGCUCAUCCUCCAAUUCAUCCAACCAAAUUUACCGACACCCUUAGAGGAAACGAAGCGCGAGUGUACGAGUACGUGGUGCGUCACUUUCUGGCUUGCUUGUCGAAAAACGCCGAAGGUCACGAGACAAUUGUGGAGAUCGAUAUAGCCGGGGAAAAAUUCGUAGCGACAGGCUUGCAGAUUCUUGCCAAAAACUACCUCGAAGUCUUCAUUUAUGAGAAAUGGAACGCUAAAGAGAUUCAUAUCUACGAGCGAGGACAGACCUUUAUGCCCACGUCAAUCGAGAUGCUCGAAGAAACGACCUCACCACCAAAUUUACUGACCGAGGCAGAUCUUAUCGCCCUAAUGGACAAACAUGGUAUCGGCACUGAUGCUACUCACGCUGAACACAUCGAAACGAUUAAGUCUCGGCAGUACGUAGGUCUGCGGGAUAACAAAUACUUGAUUCCUGGAAAGUUGGGCAUUGGUCUUGUUAUGGGAUAUGAUAGGAUGGGCUUCCAGAUGUCCAAACCGCAUCUCAGAGCUGAGCUUGAGAACGAUUUGAAAUUAAUUUGCGAUGGAGUAAAGACACCCGACGAAGUACGUCAGUCGAUGAUAAACAAAUAUAGGGAAGUCUUUCGUGAAGCACUUGUCAAAGCAAACAUGAUUGAUGCUGCUCUCGCACAAUAUUUAGACGAACAGCCAGAAGCAAUCGAGCAGGCCGACAUAGCUGUACCAGUAGAGGACGUACCAAUCCUACGCUGUCCCAAGUGCAAUUCCAACAUGGUUGUCAAGACGAAGCGUCAGGGCAACGGCAAGUACAUCGGUUGCAUGGGUUAUCCCACCUGCAAUAACGUUAUCUGGCUGCCCGAGUCAGUCGAGGAGGUAGAAAUUCUGGACGAGGGCUGCAAUCAGUGUCCGGAUAAUAUAUUGAAAAAGAUAAAGGUACGAUUGACACGUAACAUCUUCCCGCAAUUCGGUACCUCUUAUACGGCUUGCAUAGGUGGUUGCGACGAUAUGUUCAACAACCUUAUGGGCAUACGCGCAAGCUGCGUACGCCGAGGGGCAGAGAACAACGACACCGGCUAUGAAAGUAAUACGUCUUCGCGUUCCAACUCCUCGUCAUCCAAUACAAAUAGGCCUCAACAACGCACAACCACUACAAGACCAGCUCAGCAGACUACGACCACCGCAAGACCUGCUCAGCAGAAUGCGAACCAUGAUCGAAAUCAGCGGGGCGGCAAUAAUUGGAGCAAUGAUUACUCUGAAUCGUCUUGGAGCAGUGGGGUCGGAAGCAGCUCGACGGGUAACCAAAAUCGUCCGACAAAUUCCUGGAACAACCAGAAUAGCAACUGGAGUGCACAAAACCAAUCGUCACAUAAUAAUAGCGCUAGUACGAACUUCAAUUUGGGUAAUGAAAAUGAGGGAGAAAUAAUGUGCAACUGUCACCAAGUGGCCAAGCAGCUGACAGUGAGGAAAGAAGGCCCGAAUCAAGGCAGGACGUUCUAUAAAUGUUCAAAACCAGCUGGCUCUGACUGCAACUUCUUUUUAUGGGGCUCUGAGGCAGAGAACGGUGGAGGUGCUGUCACCGCAGCACAACGUUCCGCUCCAGCAAACAAUAGUUGGAAUCAGAAUCAGAACUUCCAAAACAAUAGACAGAAUCCUCCGAACGGUAGACAAAAUAAUCGGAAUGCGUUUAACGCGUCUGGUAACUGGGAUGAUGGAGGUGAUUGGAACAAUGAUAACCAGCAGAUCAUGUGUAACUGCGGAAAUCCAGCUAAAAAACUGACAGUGUCCAAGGAGGGUCCAAACAAAGGCCGAGAAUUCUACAGCUGUCCACAGGGUGUCAAAAGUGAUUGUAAUUUCUUCCAAUGGGCUGAUGCUGUAGACGGAGGUGGUGGAGGCAGCGGGGGUGGUUACGGAGGAGGCGGCGGCGGAGGUGGUUACGGAGGUGGUGGCGGAGGUGGCGGUUAUAGCAGAGGAAACCAAAACGACUGGGGUGGACCGCCUAGUCGCGGUCGCGGAGGAAAAACACGAGGAGCUGGAGCCGGUCCUUCUGCUCCAAAAAGGCCCCGAGGAGCAGCCGCUGGUGGCGGUACAAAGAGGAAAUGUGGAGUUUGCGGAGUUGAGGGUCAUACUAAAAGAACGUGCCCUCAAAAUUCCAUGAACUAAAACUAUCAAUCAUUACAAUUUUUCUAUCAUUAUCAUAUGCGUAUAUUGAAAAGAGAUGACGUGAAUUUUAUCCUAGUGCUGUUGAUCACAUUUUCCUAGUGGGUCUUAGUUUUGAAGAAUUUUCAAACUUUUAUAAGAAUAAGUUAAUUAUUUAUUGAAAAUAUGUAAAUACAACACAAGCAAAAGCAAUCCAGCUUUGAGUCUUGCAAUAAUCAAAUAAUUGUGAUACAAAAUGGGUAACGUACACAUCACUAAGGAUAAUAUUGUACAUAUUUUUAAAAUUACUUCAAAUCCAACGAAAUAAUCACAUUCUUGAAGUUUAACUAUUUUAAUGGAGUCAGGUCGCGACUCUUUUACCAGUGUGAAGCUUACUCCGCAAGCUUUCAAGUUCAUCUUUGUGCAAAGUAGCCUCUGCAGUUGUCUGCGUAAGCUGAAAAGUAUAAUUAGCUAAAUUAAAUUGUAAAUUAUUAAUUUAAUAUAGGAUAGUUUUUAUACGAAAACAAAGUGCAACUUGUAUUUCAUAAAGUGCAUUUGUCAAUUUAUCUGUGAAAUGUUAAUACCAUAUCUAGUAAAAGUUCAAAUUUUAUUUUUAA